AUGCUAAACAAGAUAAAGUACCCCCGGCUCUCGGGGCCGGACUACCGGUGCACGGUGCUGCGUGCCUACCAGAGCUGCGAGCGCAGCUGGCUGCGCACCGCCAAGCUGCGCGCCGAGGCCGGGCGCAAGAUCGCCGUGGCCGUGGACCACGCGGCGAACAUGCUGUUCAUGCUGAACGGCCUGCCGGACCUGGCCAUGGAGGACCUGCGCGCCCGCGCGGAGCACUUCGGCAGUAUGUUCUGUCGCGACGCCCUGCUGGACAUCAUCUACCCGCGUCACUAUCACCCGCACGAGCAUUUGGCGCGGCGCCACUACGCGCUCAUGCUGUUCCGCGAGUGCGAGCGGGACAUGUGCAUGACGCCGAUCCUGUGUCGCGCCUUCCGGCCGGGCGCCACGAUACCGCUGACCGUGCCGCGCGUGCUCAACCUGCUGCUCCUUUGGCUGGCGCCUGAGCUCGGUGGCCACGAGAUACUCCUGACCACACAGUACGUGUUCGCGGUGGAGGGGAUUGUGCUGGAGGCGAUGCGCGAGCGGCACCCGCUGCACCCGAUCAACGCCUGGACUCGUCCGCGAGCGACGUCUUUCGGCGACACCAUCUGGCUGGACGAGGACGUGGAGGACCUGUUGUUCGUCAUGAGCCUGGUCAUGCGCAGUCACUUUCCCGCCAUUCGCUGCAAUGACGCCGCGUGUGACUGCCCGCAGCAGUUCAUGGACACCCCUGCCUCUCACGGCCUGGGCCUGCUGCUGCCCUGGAUCUACUCGUCGGUGGCCGGCGCGCUCGGCGUCUGCGUCUACCACAUGCGGAUCACGGACCGCACCGUCAUCGCCUGGUAUAGAGCGAGCACCGACGAGUAUGUGGUGGUGGACCCGACCCACCACGGCUCCCGCUACGACAUCACCUCGAUGACGAUCGAGCUGGCCGACUUCGAGGCGACCAUGGAGCCCGUCUGGCAGCAGGAGCAGACGCCGGUCGAGAUGGUGAGCCGUGUGCUGCGCUCGAUGGGCGAGGCGACGCAGGAGCCGGUGCUGAGCACCGCCGAGCGGCGCGCCAUCCGCUGGCUGGCCAUCUGGGCCGACAACGGGUUCGUGUUCGACUACAACACGGCCGUCACGUUGGCCGACACCUGGCACACUCAGCGGCCCAUGUACGCCCGGCGCGUCCUGAAGGACUUCCUGCACCAACACGGCAAUACGCUGCCAGAUGAGGAGUACUCCCACCUGUGUCACUUCACGGGCUACAUGAAUCUGAUCUCCAACGAGCAGCGCGACGCACUGAACGAGCUAUGGUUCACCGGCUGGCCAGACGAGGUGCGUCCAGCGGCGGCGCGGCCGCAGCAGGGUCGCGUGCGUUUCCGCAUGGGCGAUGUGGUCAUCUACGACGGACGCUACCUGGCCGUCGUGUACUUCUGCACGGCCCACUGCGACGCCUCUGCGGCGUGGGUCAGUGAGCACCUGGACCUGGACACGCUGGCGCGCGGCCUGGAGUCAGCCCUUCUACUCGCUUACGAGCUGUGGCUGGCUCCGGAGCCGUGCGCCAUCAUCCACGGUGACAUCGGCCGCUACUUCGUGCGCUUCGACGGCGUGCGGAGCCAGGUGCAGGAGGAGGCUGCCGGCCUGUGCAGUGGCGUGAACGAGGAGCCGCGGCGCUGGCUGAGCCCGCAGUCGGAGCCGGCCAACGCUCUCACGGCCGACGCCGUGUUCGGCAAGGUGGCGCUAGGCGGCACGUUCGACCAGAUCCACACGGGCCACAAGCUGCUGCUGACGGCCGGCCUGCUGCACUGCUCGCAGGAGCUCACCGUCGGCGUCACCGACGACGCCAUGAACGCCGGCAAGACGCUGCGCGAGCUGAUCGCGCCCUGUCUGGAGCGCGUUCAGGGCGUUGCCGACCUGGUGGCCGACCUGGACGAGACGGUGGCGGCGCGCGUGGCGCCCAUCACCGACCCGUUCGGCCCAACCGCCGACGACCCCAGCCUGCAGCUACUCGUGGUCAGCGAAGAGACAGCCGGCGGCGCCGAGCGCGUGGCGGCCGAGCGGCGGCGCCGUCACCUGCCGCCCAUGCAGGUGUACACGGUGCCGCUGCUGGCCGAUACCGACAGCGCUGAGCACGAGGAGACGAAGCUGAGCUCGAGCUCGCUGCGCAUGCGUCGGCUGGGCGCGGUGCGACGGCCGCGGCUGGGCGUACCGCGCCGCGCCGGCGGCCCGUACGUGAUCGGCCUGACGGGCGGAGCCGCCAGCGGCAAGAGCUCGGUCUGCCGCCGGCUGGCUGCGCUCGGUGCGCACGUCGUCGACUGCGACCGGCUCGGCCACGAGGCCUACGAGCCCGGCACGGUGGCGCACGCGCGUCUGCGCCAGCUGUUCGGCGAGGAGAUCGUGGCAGAGGACGGCCGCAUCGACCGGCGCCGGCUGGGCGACGCGGCCGUGCUGCUGGAGGCCGGCUGGGACGCGCAGCUCUGCGACGAGGUCUGGGUGACGCUGGUGCCGCGCGAGGAGGCCGUGCGUCGCGCCGUGCAGCGUGAUGGCGUCACCGGGGAGCAGGCCGAGCGCCGACUGGACGCGCAGAUGAGCAACGCGCGGCGUGUGGAGGCGGCCACCGUCGUGCUGAGCACGCUCUGGGAGCCAGAGUACACGCAGCGCCAGGUGGAGCGCGCCUGGAGCCAGCUGAUGGCCGAUCUGGGCAAACGGCAGUGAUUGGU